AUGCGCGACGGCGCCAUGGGCGGCAGCCCCUUCGAGUCCCCCGACACCCAGGGCUUUGUCACUGGACUAUUCCUGGAGCCCAACGGGGCCACCCACCAGGUCAUGCUCAAGGCCGCGGCGCGCGCCGGCGCGGAGGAGCGCGCGCUGAUGUGCCGCCUGGCCCUGGCGCUGCCGCUGCUGUCCCAGGGCGUCCCCUUUGUUCACGCGGGCGACGACCUGCUGCGGUCAAAGUCCCUGGACCGGGACAGCUACAACAGCGGGGACCACUUCAAUCGCAUAGACUGGACCGGGCAGUGCAACAACUUCGGGGUGGAUUGGAGCGGGGAACGGGAGGCGGAGACACGGGCCGGCGCGGGGAACGCGGGCCUGCCGCCCGCGUCCAAGAACCAGCACGCGUGGCCGCUGAAGCGCCCCCUGCUCGCCGCGGUGGCCGCCUACAAGCCCCCGCCGGCCGUCAUCGCCGCGGCGGCCGCGUACGUGCGGGCCCUCCUGAGGGUGCGCUACUCGUCCCCCCUGUUCAGGAUGCCCCGCGCCUCAGACAUCAAGCAGCAGGUCGUGUUUGAAAACACCGGCCCCGACCAAAUCCCCGGCGUGAUCUGCAUGCGCCUGAUCAGCGCCAGAUCUCCAGAUCACGGCACGUACGACCCGGAGCUCGCGUCUGUCGUGGUGGUGAUCAACGCGCGGCCGGCAGCGGCGCGGCUGCCGUUCCCCGCGGGCGUGCGCGGGCUGGAGCUGCACCCUGUGCUCGCUGAGCUGGCGGGGGAGGACGACGCGCUGGCCGGCUGCCAGGCGGACGUGGUCCGCGGGGUGGUGGACGUGCCGGGCCGCGUGGCGGCGGUGUUUGUGGAGCGGCGGCGCGCAUGA